UUUUGUUUUUCCUUACUAUAAAAAGGAGCUGCUCGACGCAAUUGCCUUCCACCACCAUCAAAUGCGCUGUCCCCUCUCUCUCUCUUCGAGAAUUUUCCGUGCUGCUCCAAAAACCUCUGAAAAGAGAAAAUCAGUUUAGAAACUUCGUAAUUAGGAAAACCUGAAAUUUCCAUCACAAAGAGCAAACCCUAGGAAUUGCGUGUGCUACGUACGGGUUUGCCGAUCGAACAUUGAUGAUUUCAAUUAUCUGAUCGCAUUGAUUUUUGGAGUUCGUUUUCCUUGUGUUUUUUUUCGGCCGUGAAGGUAGGACAUGUCAUACUUGAAAGGAUUUUGGUGAUAUAGUACUCUUGGUGGUUGAAUUAGCCCAGAUAUCAUUCAAUUGUCUCCCAUCCUUUCAUUCACAGUGUUCUAACAUCAUGGUCGCCACUGCUGCAACUUCUGUGUUUCUCCAAGUACCUUCUCCAGCUUCAGACUCUGCUGGAAAAACACCAGGAAAGGCAUUUGGGAAUGUCCCUGCAAGUAUUGAUGCACGUGGCUCCAAUGCUAAGUCAAAAUCCACAUCGUCAGGAAGAUUGCAGGUUAAGGCUAAUGCACAAGCCCCUCCCAAGGUCAAUGGCACUAAGGUUGGCUCUAUGGAGUCUCUGAAGACUGAGGACAUGUCACCUCCACCGAGGACAUUCAUCAACCAAUUGCCUGACUGGAGCAUGCUUCUUGCUGCCAUUACUACAAUAUUUUUGGCAGCUGAAAAGCAAUGGAUGAUGCUUGAUUGGAAGCCAAAACGGUCAGAUAUGCUUGUUGAUCCUUUUGGUUUGGGGCAGAUUGUACAAGGUGGUUUUGUAUUUCGUCAAAACUUCAGUAUCAGAUCUUAUGAAAUAGGGGCAGAUAGGACUGCUUCGGUAGAAACACUGAUGAAUCAUUUGCAGGAAACAGCUCUAAAUCACGUAAAAAAUGCCGGGCUGCUGGCUGAUGGCUUUGGUUCAACACCAGAGAUGUGCAAACGAAAUUUAAUUUGGGUGGUUUCCAAAAUGCAGGUUGCUGUAGAUAGCUACCCUACAUGGGGUGAUGUUGUUCAAGUCGAUACUUGGGUAGCUGCAUCGGGAAAGAAUGGUAUGCGUCGAGAUUGGCUUGUGCGUGAUAGUAACACUGGCGAGAUAUUAACUAGAGCUACAAGUCUAUGGGUGAUGAUGAAUAAAGAGACACGGAAGUUAUCCAAAAUGCCGGAUGAGGUCCGAGGUGAAAUAGGUAGCUACUUUGUGGAUUCUCCUCCAUUAGUGGACGACGAUAGCAGGAAGUUACCAAAGCUCGAUGAAAAGACUGCCGAGAACAUUCAUACUGGUUUGACUCCUAGAUGGAGUGAUUUAGAUGUGAAUCAACAUGUGAAUAAUGUUAAAUAUGUUGGUUGGAUACUAGAGAGUGCUCCACUAGAAAUAUUGGAGACUCACGAGCUCGCUGGUAUGACUCUAGAAUACAGGAGGGAGUGCAUGAGGGACAGUGUGCUGCAGUCACUCACUUCAAUUGUUGAGGAGGGUAGUGGCGAGUCGUCUCACCCUGGCAUUGUCGAGUGCCAGCAUUUGCUUCGACUGGAGGGCGGAGGUGAAAUUGUGAAGGGGCGGACCAAGUGGAGGCCGAAGUUUGUUGACAAGAUCGGAAGCUUUGGGCAGCUCCCGCACGAAAAUGCUUAACGUGAUGUGUGCAGCCAUGACGGUUUGGCCCAGUCUAGUAGUAUAAUACUUUCUUACUACUUGCUUAUCUCCCAUUUUAUUCUCUCUCUCAAUCCCAAUGUAAUAUCCAGUCUAAUUUAUGCCUUUGUUUUAUUUUCUUUCUUUUUUGGUUAAUUUUCGUUAUUUUUUAAUUCCUUUUGACGAAAAUACAAUCGGUUUCAAGUCAUUGUAAGUACCUCUCCUUUUUUUUUAUAUGCUGGCUUCCAUUAAA